CCGGUUACAAUCAUUUACACAUCCGAAGAAAGUCACAUGACAAAAUCACAUGAUACAGUAAUGGCUACUGAACAGAAGAAGCAGUUAGAAUGACAAGUGUUACUGAAUAUCUGGGCGGCUAGACUGUGUUUUAAAUACAGUGAUGCUUGCAGUACAGAAGAAAAGUAUAGGAGUUAUGACAUCUUUAGACACUAUUAACCAAAUCAAAAGGCUUUGUUCACAAUGUGACCACAGACAUAAUGGUGUCUUGGUAGAAAACUCAUAUAUGAGCCUUGAAUCUGUCCAGAGGUCGUUAUCAGAAAUGGGAAGGUCUGCGUUUCACACUGUGGUGAACAGUUCAACCAAAAAGGCAACCGGUCAUAAUGGAGUGCUUGUACAUACACCUCAGACAAUCUGUUCCAGUCAGAACCUAUGUUUGAAGAUGGCAAAUGCAUCAGCUAACAAUGCCUCCUCUAAAGAAUCAGCAGAUGUUUUGCAGAAUUUUGAAAUUCGAAGGGCCAAUGGCAAUCAAUAUUCAACAACAUUAGUAAUAAUUUUUGGAUUCUACGGUGCUCCAAAUAGUGCUGUUAUGAAGUAUUGCGACUUAUAUCACUCAUAUGGAUAUGAUGUUAUAUUUAUUCAUAGCUACCUUAAACAUUUUGUAUGGCCUAAUAAUUCAUUAGGACUUGCCAAAGAUUUGCUGGAUUUUGUGGUAACAAACUGUCCAAAAUAUGAAAGCAUUGUGAUACAUGCUUUUUCUAUGGGAGCAUACAAUUUUACACUAUGUAUGAGUGAAAUGUACAGAGCUCCGAAGCAGUAUUCAUGUAUACAGAAAAGAAUUCAUGCAGUUGUGUAUGACAGCCUUACUAUCGGCACGCUAAAAAAUAUGGCAGAGGGAGUCGGCAGGGGAUUGUCUCGAAAUAAUGUGAUUCAAAGAAUAAUUCCUCUGUCCAUGUCACUGUAUUUUAAAGUGACCAAUAAAUACACUGUGCAGGUAUAUGAACACUAUAUAGAACUGUUUAAACGAAAACCUUUGCAAGUACCAACACUAGUCUUUUACUGCAAAAAUGACCCCAUGUCGAAAUUCAGUGAUGUUGAAGCUAUGGUUAAUGACUGGGAAAAGAGUUUCAGCUUCAGUGUGACAAGUAAAUGUUGGGAAAUAUCCAAGCACAGUGCGCAUCUGCUUCAACAUAAAGAUGAGUACACAUGUACUUUGGAUCGUUUUUUAAAGAGUGUGCCAGGUCUGGUAAAGAUUGAGUCAAAAAUUUGAUUUUUCUUCCUGCAUAUCAAAUGAAAAUAUUCAGACAUGAACAAAAGUGAAAAAAUCGAGUUAUAAAAGCUUAUAUUUUGUUUGCUUUUGUUUGUUUUUAGCUCAGCUGAGCAUCAAGUGCUCAAGGUGAGCUAUUUUGAUCACAAUUUGUCUGUCUUCUAUCAGUGCGCAGGACCAAAUAGGGAUAGGGGGACAUCUACAGUUGUACACUGUAAGGGGAACAAAAGAGAACAAUAGAGUUCAUUCCUUAACAAUAGAAUAAUCUACUAAACAAAAGAAGAUAACAAAAGGUAUGGCCCCUUAUGCCAUUUCGGCAGAUUGUCCAUCGUCAACUUUCUUUUAAACCACUUCUACCCUGAAAUCACUGGGUUAAAUUUGAUGAAAUUUUCCUGGGAUGCUCCUAGCAUGAAGCUCUACUAAAAUUAUUUAAAGGGUUUCAUUGAAAGUGCAAUGCCAAGAGCUUAAACACAUAGUAUUUUGUGUCGAGCAUCAUUUAAUGAAACUCUAUAAAAAUCAUUCAAAUUAUAGCCAUGGUGUCAAAAUCAGCCCUGCCCCAGGUGGUCAUGGCUUUUCCUUAUACAGUAUACACUUCUUGAAAGCUUAAACCUUGGGACCUUUUUUUAAGCUACAGCUAUGAAAUUUGGACAAUUUGCACAUUUUUAGCAAGCUUCAGAUACAGAACUGAACUUUGACCUAGAUUUUAAUUUUGACCUAGUGACCUACUUUUAGUUAACAGAGCUAAAGCUAUGUAAUUUGGACUAUAUGCACAGAUGCAGAAUUGAAAUUUGACCUAGACUUUGACACAGUGACCUUUUUAUAUUGAGAGCUACAACAUUGGAAGUUGAACUACUGCCACAGAUUCAAGUGAAGAUCUGAUAUAUCAGUUGACCUAGAAUUUGAUCCAGCAACCAACUGCAUGUACAGUUCCAGAAUGAUACAAAUUUGAACUUUGAUUUUACCUAGAUUUCUACAUAAUGCCUGUUCAUAGUCAUUAAUACCUCUGUUAUUUGAGGCAUUAUACUCAGGUGAGCGAUGUUAGGCCAUCAUGACCCUCUUGUUAUUUUAUAAUUCUGUAUUACUGUUUUUAAAUCUUGUACAACAAAUCUAACUAUAGUAUUCUACAAAUUUCAAUUUUCAUAUUGUACAUAGACACUUAUUUCAGUGAGAAGAAAUUCUGCUGUUUAUUGAUAUUGCUGCUGAAUAAAAUGUAAAGCCUA